AUGUUACUUAUCAACAGUGUACAGAUUAAACAGCUGUACAUAUUGAACAACGGGCUUUUGGUUGGGGCCGGCACUGCAGGAUGCGUUCUAGCAUCUCGUUUAUCAGAAGAUCCAAAUGUCAAGGUAUUAGUCGUGGAGGCUGGUGACCAUAUGGAAUAUUUCACCAAGAUACCACUAACGCCGACAGCUGCCCAGCAAGGACCUAAUGACUGGUCUGUAAGGACUACCGCACAGAAGUAUUCGUCUUUUGGGAUGUGGGGACAGUCCCAAUUCAUUCCACGAGGUAAAGGCCUCGGUGGAUCAGGGCAGAUAAAUUUUCUCCUUCACGGAUUUGGCCUAACUACGGACUACGAUAGGUGGACAAGACUGGGUUGGAAGGGUUGGUCUGAGGAAGACCUUAGACCUUAUUUUAUAAAGGCAUUUGGCACAGCAAGAAGUGAGUUUGAUUCAAGCCAUUGUGCUGCUGACGCAGAUUGUCCUGGUGCUAAGGUACCAAUGAAACUCAAACUAAUUGACGAAGAUAAUGAGCUGAUGAAUACAUUUAAACAAACAUCAGCCGCCUUCAAGACGAAUACGAUAUUCAGAAGACCGACAGCAACGAUCCAAGAAGGCGGAAGACAUUCUUCUUUAGAUGCCUACCUUAAGCCAGUGAUGAAGAGAAAGAACUUGCACAUACUUCUUAGAACCCAAGCUGUUUCAAUUCGUUUCGAGAACAACACUGCGUCAUCUCUAUACAUACUUCAGAAUAGCCGUGAAUUGAAUAAUAUAUUCGCUAACAAAGAAAUAAUACUAUGCGCUGGCGCCAUUAAAACACCACAGCUGUUGAUGCUGUCUGGAAUUGGGCCACCAGACUUAUUGCGAAGGUUGAAAAUAAACCUGGUGUCGGGCAACGAGGAGGUUGGACAAAACUUGCACGACCACAUGAACAUGCCCAUCUACGUGAGCAUCCAGCGACCGAUCAGUAUCACAUUAUCCAAGGUGUUCACCCUCAGCACCCUCACGGAGUACUACUGGAAAAAUUCUGGUCCGCUAUCAUUUCCACCGGUGGCAGGCGUGGAAUACCUGAACGAUUCAGCCGUAACACUAUUCUCAAUGGGAACCGCCAGUGAGAGACUGCUCCGGGACUUAUCCAAUUAUAAACCGCAGGUCUUCCGCGACACUUUUCCUUUCUACAACAUCACUCACAAGGAAGGCUUCAUGUUCCUGGCCACCUGCUUGCAGCCGAAGAGUAGAGGAGUUGUGACAUUGGCUAAAUCAAUCACUACUAUGCCUCCAGUGGUUGAUCCCAACUAUUUAAAACAGCCAUAUGAUAUACUGUGUCUGAUUAAGGCUAUUCGCAGAGCUGAGCAGCUGGUGUUAUCGAAGCCAUUUCAAGACAUUGGGGCAUGGAUACACUGGCCACGACCAGAACGCUGUCUGCCUCUGUGGAGAUAUACUAGAGAAGAGCAGAAAGGACCCACACAAAGACGUCGAAGAUUUAAAGACCAGCCUAAACCCAAGCCGAAAACAAAAUCAGUACACCUAAGUCCUCCAGAUGCGUAUUUGGAAUGUAUCAUCAGAGAAGUGGCUGUCACUGGGCAUCACGUUGGCGGCACUUGCUCAGGGGGCAAAGUUGUUGACGAGGAACUAAGAGUCAAGUCCACAUCAGGGCUACGGAUAGUUGACGCCAGUGUCCUCCCAUCUCCAGUAUCACUGUACCCAAAUUCAGUAAUUAUCGCUAUCGCUGAAAAAGCUGCUGAAAUCAUACUAAGUACUAGCAACUAA